ACUGUCAACAUCAACGACUGACGGCCCGGCUCAGAACAGACUGGCUUCAUACUGAACGUGACCCACUGGUUCCAUAUCAUCUUAUUUAAGUUGAAAAGGUCUCUUACCUUUGUCAAACUACCAGCGUGAAGUUUGUGUGUGACUUUAGGAAGCAACGGAGUAAUGUGAGAACUGAGCACGUCCUGCUUCCCUUUGAACGAUGCCUCGCUCCUUCUUGGUGAAGCGAGGAGGGCUGCUCCACCCUCGGCCCGCAGCAAGAAGACCCGGCCCCAGAUCGACCCCAGUGACAUUCAACCAGUUAGAGAAGAAGUUGGGGUGCUCCUGGGAGACGAGACUGAAGGACUCCACAACAGAGACCCCCAAUGAUAACACAGAGUCCAUCACGUUACUGCAGCCAGACCUUUUUGCUGCCGCUCACUCACAUGAGAGAGGACACCUUCAGCCACUAAGUCCCACAUCUUAUGACUGUGGUCCUGCUGAGCCUUUGAGGCCGGAUACUUGUAUCCCUGUGGAGAGAGCGGACUCGGACACUCUGACACCCGGCUCUUGGUCCAAACCUCAUGUGAGCUCAGGAUAUCCUGACAAAUCUUCAGCAGUUCUAGGCAACCUGACUCAGCCUCUGAUCCUGAGGGAGACCAGGAGCAGAGGCUGCUCCAAGACCAGUGCUCCAAGGCAAGAGUGUCCACUCUGUAGCAAGAUUUUUUCCUGUGUGUCCAGUCUGAAGACUCACAAAUGCAGGAGUCAUGAAAGCAGAGCACAUGUGUCCCCAGUACACAUCACGUCCAGCCGGACAAAUACUGUGCGGUCACCAUGCAGGGGCAAGGAGCGGACGUUUGGCUGUGCCGUGUGCGGGAAAGUGUUCAAGCGCUCCUCCACCCUCUCCACUCAUCUGCUCAUACACUCAGACACACGGCCGUAUCCCUGCCAGUACUGUGGCAAGAGGUUCCACCAGAAGUCUGACUUGAAGAAACACACCUUCAUUCACACCGGAGAGAAGCCCCACGUGUGUGGGAUAUGUGGGAAGGCGUUCAGCCAGAGCUCCAACCUCAUCACCCACAGCCGCAAGCACACGGACGACCGUCCCUACCGCUGCCCCCGCUGCCCCUACAGCUUCCAGCACAGAGUGGAGCUGCGGCAGCACCAGGAGCUCCACUGCACCUACCACUGACUCGGUCUCAAGCCUCCUCUACAAGCAGGGGGAGCAGGAAGCCACUGACUGUGUCGUAUUUGUGAAGUCAAAUCUUUCAUCCAAAAGCGAUAGUUGUUUAUAUUUUAGAUUUCUUUUAGGUCACUGAGGAAAGAACAAUGCUGUUCUUGCCCUUCUCACAUUAUCCAGCACAGUGGUGGGAGAUUAUUUUGAACAAAGCUUGGUUAUUUACUCGUUCACUUGUAAAAAAAUGUAGCUGUGCUACUGUUCUCUAUUUAUAUACAAGAAUGUUGGUGAUUUAGUUUAUUCAGCAGCACGUCGAGAGUUGAGAAAUGGAGAAUGUCAGCCACUGAAUCUGAAGGCUCGAUGAUUGGAAGUGGAAAGUAUCACAUUCAUUAUUACAGGAAUUUAACUGAGUGAGACAUUAAUAAAUGCCUUAGGACAGACCUUUUAUGUAUUUGGUAUCAUAUGAAGUCGUGGAAGAAGGACAAUGAUACAAUAGGGGUCCAGCAACUGAACCGAACUCAGCUUAAGAAUGGUUUAAAUGAUCAAAAUCCGCCAUUCCAAACCACGGCAUCCUUAGGGAGUGACUCACAGAGGAAGGGUCAGGAAAAGAUUUCCAUAACAUAUUAAACCAAUAAAAAAUGGCAUAUUUUGUAGUGUCAGGUGCAGCGUCAACUAUAAGUUGAUUCACAGCAUCAUAAAUGUGCACAGAGAUUUUUUACUUUACUGCCAACUAGCUCUCGUCUAUAUUGUCUGCAAUAACUGGGGUCCUGAGUCUCUGGCAUCAUCAUUUUUUUUUUUAAGAUUGGGAACCCCUGAUCUUAAUCCUGAUUAUCAAUUACUGCUCCACAAAUGAUCACAUCGAGACACAGGUACUGUAGUUUCAC